AUGGAUCAGAGAGAACUCGAUGCGCGCGUCAAGGCCCUUCACAAGGCCGCUCAGUCCAAUGAGCCCGCUUCUGCUAUCAUUAGCAUUAUCGAGUCCCUAAGAUCUGCUUCGCCGACCGAAGAAAUGCUGCGCACUACUAAGGCGGGUAUUGUGGUAGGAAAGCUUCGAGGAAAUGCGAACAAGGACAUCGCCAAGAUUGCGACGGAAGUGGUUGCGAAGUGGAAGAAAGGCAUCGAGUUGGAGAAGAAAUCCAAGGGCCUGCAUUCCGCCAAAGCACCAAAGGGUUCCGUGUCCCCUGCAUCCAAAGCUGCUUCGCCUGCCCCGAAGCCCCUUGCGGGAAACAAGAAGGCCUAUGAGGGUGAUUUGGAAAAGCGCAACUAUAAGACGGACAAGGUCGACAUCAACCGCACCGGCUCCCAGGUCCGCGACAACUGUAUCGGGCUUCUCUACAAUGGCCUUGCGUACCGCUCUCGCGAGUCUGAGGAUAGCGUUAUCACACGCGCCGCCGAGGUCGAGCAGGCCGCCUUUAAGGCCUACAAGGGCGAGACCAAGGAGUAUAAGGAAAAGAUAAGGUCUUUAUUCCAGAACCUCAAGGUCAAGACCAAUGCCGAACUGGGCCGCAACGUCAUGUCGGGAGCCAUCGCCGCCGAGCGCUUCGUCGUCAUGACCUCCAAGGAGCUCAUGUCUGCCCAGCAGCGAAAGGCUGACGCCGAGCUGGAGCUCGAAAAUAUGAAGAAGGCCCAGGUCCCCAUGGUCGAAAAGAGUAUUAGCGACAGCCUUGAGUGCGGCAACUGCAAAAAGAAGAUGGUCAGCUACACGCAGGCUCAGACGCGCAGUGCUGAUGAACCGAUGACGACUUUCUGUGAGUGUAUGAACUGCGGAAAGCGUUGGAAGUUCUCUUGA